GCGAUCCAUGCGAUCGCCAGCAGCUAAUUAAACUACAGGAAAAUGGCAACUGGCUUCAGAACGUCUCGCAUUUUGCAGUAUUUGCGGGGGAUCGAGUACCCCAGAAGCAAAGUUGCAGUAGGCAGCAAGCUUCUGUACAGGCAUGCUCCGUGCGCUGCACUGUGGAGAAACCAUUCCAUCUACACGACCACAAAAAUCAACCCAGAUGAGCAGACUUUUGACAAGAUUCUCAUCGCCAAUCGCGGUGAGAUUGCCUGCCGUGUCAUGCACACCUGCCGCCUGAUGGGUAUUAAGACGGUGGCCAUCUACAGUGAGGCUGAUGCCAACUCGCUGCAUGUUGAGAUGGCAGACGAGGCGAUGUGCGUAGGCCCGGCAGCCUCCAGGGAGAGCUAUCUCAAUGUGGACCGCAUCAUGGAGGUCAUUCGAGAAACUGGUGCCCAGGCUGUUCACCCGGGUUACGGCUUCCUGUCGGAGAACAAAGACUUUGCCAAGAGGCUCGCCGAUGAAGGGGUGGUCUUCAUUGGUCCGGGAACCGACGCCAUCCGCGCCAUGGGGGAUAAGAUCGAGAGUAAGAUCCUGGCCAAGAACGCCGGGGUGCACACCAUCCCGGGGUUCGACGGGGUCAUCAAAGAUGAGGCAGAGGCCGUCAAGAAGGCUAAUGAGAUCGGUUACCCGGUUAUGCUUAAGGCGUCGGCUGGCGGUGGCGGGAAAGGAAUGAGAAUUGCUUGGAAUGACGAUGAAGCGAGAGAGGGAUUUCGUCUGUCAUCCCAAGAAGCAGCAUCCAGCUUCGGCGAUGAUCGUCUGUUGAUUGAGCGAUUCAUAGACGACCCACGACACAUUGAAAUGCAAAUUUUAGCCGAUAGCCAUGGCAACACAAUCUACCUUAAUGAGAGAGAGUGCUCCAUACAGCGUCGGAAUCAAAAAGUGGUUGAGGAAGCCCCAAGUACAUUUUUAGAUGAAGAGACUAGAAAGAGCAUGGGGGAGCAGGCUGUGCAGCUAGCUAAGGCGGUCAACUAUCUCACUGCUGGAACUGUGGAGUUUCUAGUUGACUCUCAGAGGAAUUUUUACUUCUUGGAGAUGAACACCAGAUUGCAGGUUGAGCACCCAAUCACAGAAUGCAUCACCGGAGUGGACAUCGUCCAGGAAAUGAUCCGUGCUGCCAAGGGCUAUCCGCUGCAGGUCAAGCAGUCCGACGUACUCAUCAGAGGCUGGGCUGUUGAGUGCAGGGUUUAUGCGGAGGAUCCUUACAAGGCUUUCGGCAUGCCAUCCAUCGGUCACCUGUACAGGUACCAGGAGCCCAAACAUGUCCCCAAUGUCCGGGUCGAUACCGGCAUCCAGGAGGGCAGCGAGAUUAGCAUCCACUAUGAUCCUAUGAUAUCUAAGUUGGUGACAUACGGGAAUGACAGGAAAGAAGCCUUGGAUCUGAUGGCCAGAGCCCUGGAUAACUACAUCAUUAGGGGAGUUACUCACAACAUCUCCCUCCUUCAAGAAAUCAUCGCUCAUCCACGCUUUGUGUCGGGAGACAUCGACACCAAAUUCCUGCCCACAGAAUACCCAGAAGGAUUCAAAGGGCAUCAACUCAACCUCAACGAUGAGAGCAUGCUAGCUGCUCUGGCCUGCUGCGUGUUUGUCAAGGAUGUGCUUAGGGCUCAAGAAUUUCUCAACCAGACCAGAAUUGUUCUUGCACCCACAAUGGAGCAGGAAUGGGUGUUGUGCGUGAAGGUGGCCGGCAACGAACAUGAGGCUACAGUCAGGGAAACGGACACAGGGUAUAAGGUUUCAAUUGGUGGAAAGGACAUCACCAUCGACGGCAAAUGGAAUCUCUCUCAAGAUAUCAUCUCACCGACCAUCGAUGGUGCCCAGCAUGAUAUGCAGGUGAUAUCCCAUGGCGCAACAGGAGCUAUGCAGCUACAGUACAGAGGCACUGUGUUUCCCCUGUCUGUACUGAGGAAGGAAGCGGCUGAGCUGCAAUCGUUGAUGCCAGAGAAAGUCAAACCGGACCAAAGCAAGGAGGUAGUGUCGCCCAUGGCAGGAAAGGUGUAUGCCAUUGAUGUCGAGGUCGGCCAGAAGGUCUUUGAAGGACAGGAAGUAUGCGUGGUGGAAGCAAUGAAGAUGCAUAAUAGCUUAUCAGCUGCUUCAACUGGAAUAGUCAAAGCCAUCCACUGUGCAGUAGGCGACAACAUUGGCGAAGACGACGUCAUUAUCGAGCUGGAAUAAAGCCAAAGGACUCAACGAA